CUUUUCAGUCUGUUUCUGGAGAGUAAGAUGAAAUCUGCAUCCCAUCAACUGUUCUUUAUUCUCUUUACCCUCUUCACGAUCUCCGCUGCCGCGAUAGACAUUUUGGACCGCACGCAGAACAUCACCGACGGCCAAACCUUAGUAUCUCCGAGCGGCAUCUUCGAACUCGGCUUCUUUGGUUCCGGUUUGCCCACAAAGCGCUUUCUGGGCAUCUGGUACAAGGUCACACCCAACGUUAUCGUGUGGGUCGCCAACCGUGACCGCCCUCUCAAUGACUCUUCAGGAGUAUUAGCAAUCAACGAUAAAGGUGUUCUGGUCCUACUCGAUCGAUCGACCAAUGUUAUUUUUUCCUCCAACUCAUCAAAUGCCAUUAAUCCAACAGUUCAGCUUCUAGAUUCAGGUAAUCUUGUUCUUAAAGCUCAAAGCACUACAAAUGACCCUUCAAACAAUACAUUUAUAUGGCAAAGCUUUGAUUACCCAUCAAACACCAUGCUUCCCGGCAUGAAAGUGGGUAAAAAUUUAAAGACGGGGUUCGAACGUUCCCUCUCUUCAUGGAAAAGUAGCGACGAUCCGACCCGCGGCGACUACACCUACAGUAUGGACACACAAGGAUCACCGGAACUUUAUAUGCGCAACCUUGGCCGGCCUGUCUACCGAACCGGGCCGUGGAAUGGGCUCCGGUUCAGCGGCAUCCCUGAGAUGACAACCUACGAAAACAUGUUCGACUUCAAUUUUACGGCCAGUUCGGAAGAGAUAACCUAUGGGUAUGGUGACAAACAAGGUUCAUCUAUGUCGCGGGUGGUGUUGAAUGAGACCGGAGACAUGCAGCGGCUCGUAUGGGAUCAGAGCACCCAGAGUUGGAACCAAUUCUGGUCUGCGCCCAAAGAUCAGUGUGAUUUCUACGCUAAAUGUGGUCCUUUUGCUGCAUGUAAUGCGAAUGAUGCCAUGGUUUGUAGCUGCCUUAAGGGGUUUAAUCCGAAAUCACAGGCAGAAUGGAAUAUGAGACUCACGGCAGAAGGGUGUCAGAGGAGGACACAGCUAAACUGCUCUAAUGGCGAUGGGUUUUAUGUUCUGAAGGGAGUGAAGCUUCCAGAUACUCACAAUGCAACAGCAGACCAAAGUAUUAAUCUUGAUCGGUGCGGCAAUAAGUGUGCAGGUGAUUGUUCCUGCACGGCUUAUGCUUCUGCAGAUAUCAGAGAAGGGGGGACUGGGUGUGUUACGUGGAGUGGUGAGCUGACUGAUUUAAGAUAUACCGACGGCGGACAGGAUCUCUAUAUAAAGGUUGCGAAAUCUGAACUAGAUACAAGCAAUACCCACAAAACACAUGUGGUAGUUAUCGCGGCUGUGACUACAAUAUCAAUAUUACUCCUACUGUCCGUUGGUUUUCUGUUCUGGAGAAAACGACGAGCCAUGAGAUUAGUGGGCAGAACCUUCUUCCUGAGGGAUCCGGAGCUCCCUGCCUUCGAUCUAGAAACAGUAAUGCUAGCCACAGGAAACUUCUCCAAGGCAAACAAAAUAGGAGAAGGUGGAUUUGGUGAUGUCUACAAGGGCAAGUUGCAAGAUGGACACGAAAUUGCUGUAAAGAGACUCUCAGAGAAUAAGUAUUCUUCACAAGGCCUGAAGCAGUUUAUGAAUGAGGUCAUUCUGAUUGCCAAGCUUCAGCACAGGAAUCUCAUCCGGCUACUCGGUUACUGCAGUCGUGGCAAAGAGAGGAUGCUGAUAUACGAGUACAUGAGCAACAAAAGUUUGGACUUCUUCAUAUUUGAUGAAAGGAGGCGCACCUUUCUGAAUUGGAAAAUGAGGUUGGACAUCAUUCUCGGGAUUGCUCGAGGAGUUCUCUACCUUCACCAGGAAUCGAGAGUCAACAUAAUUCACAGGGAUCUGAAAGCUGCUAAUAUACUUUUGGAUGGAGAAAUGGUCCCUAAGAUAUCCGACUUUGGUACAGCUAGAUUACUCAGAGGAGAUGAGCCAGAAAUAAAUACUCAAACAGUAGUAGGCACACGAGGGUAUAUGUCUCCUGAAUAUGCAAUGGAUGGAAAGGUAUCGGUAAAAUCAGAUGUUUACAGCUUUGGAGUUCUGCUUCUAGAAAUCAUAAGCGGUGAAAGGAAUGAAGGGCAUCUUCUAGCAUAUGUGAGUAUCAGGAUAAUCAAGCAAAAUGCAAUUAAUUUGUCAAACUAUACUAAUUCUGAUAUAAUUUUUCAGGCUUGGAAUCUUUGGUUGGAAGGGAACAGCCACAAACUCCUCGAUGGAGCAAUAGGUGGGCCAUGCCCCGCCUCCGAAAUCUUGAGGUGCAUUCAAGUGGGCCUCUUGUGUGUUCAAGAAUGCCCAGAUGAUCGGCCCGAAAUGGAUUCUAUCGUCUUGAUGUUAGCAAGUGAGAACAUAAUAUUGUCUGAACCAAAGAAGCCUGUGGUCUGCACAAGUGUAGGGCCUCUCCGAAAUGGAGUAUUGAAUGGUAUGAAUGAGUCACAUAGUGUGAAUCACCUGACGAUAACUAGCCUUGAAGGCCGCUAGAGAACAAUUCUUCUCUUCUGUUACAGUAGCGGUCAUAUAGAUUUCUAUCUAUGAGUAGAAAAGGGGGUUCGGUCCCUGCAUUGUUAUGUAAUUGUUGAUAAAUUUGUAUCCUUCAUAUCAUUCUAACAUAGCACAUUAUGCCCCCAUUAGGAGAACAGGUGAUAUAGGAUUGUAAAAUCUGGAAAGCAUGAUCUACAAUGCUUAAGUAGGAAAAACAAGCAAACAAGGUACAACCGCUGUAACAUUGUAGAGCCUAGGGUUAGAUAAUUGAUUUUUACUACUAAUAGAGCAGAAUGAUUCGAUUCACUAGUUUCUAAAAAGGAACACAUUGUUUGAUGAGAAGAACAGGUAAUAAUUAUGUAUAAUGUUAAUUGGAAAAGAAGCUGAUGAUCUGGGCCAAGAAAUAUACUAUAGACAAGUGACAU